GGAGGCUCACAAAACAACGAUACCCUUUAACUAGAGUCCAAAACAGUGGGAAACGAUAGGGGACUCACAAAUAUGUCCAAUGCAAGAGAGCCGCACACCAAAAAACUGUUUGACCGUGAUAACUGUUGCAAUCCUGGGGGACGUCCAAAGAGUGGUGUGUUUGAUCAUCCUCUACCGUCUCAAUCAGUCUCAAGUCUCCACCGUGGCGUGGGCGGCGCGACCCACGGGACCUUGGCCAUGGCACUCUCCUUGGAUGGCUAUGCGGCUCCCACGGGACCUGGAGUCACAGCCGAUCAGAUGCACGGCUUGAUGGACCUGCUGGGCGUGGGAAGGGAAGAGGAGCAAGAUGAGCGGAGCAAGCCUCCCUCGUUACAUCCUGCCGCCAUGGCUGGAGGGAAGCCGAGUCAAGCUCCGCCGAACAUGAAAGUAGCAGUGAGACAGCCGAAGAAGAAGGAUGAGAAGGCUAUUUGGCAAGCUGACGAAUUCAAAGCGGCCUCUGGUGUGGUGGUGAAGAGCGAAGGCGAUGAUCGUGCCAUCCCGAAGUAUGAGAUACUACCGCGGCAAAAGCUACAAGCAUCAGAUGCCUACUUGAAUUUGCAAGAAAUGGAUCCCUCGAGCGAUCGGUGUCAAGAGCUGCUCAUCAAAGUUUGGCUUCCAGGAGAGCAGCUCAGAGAUAUCUCAGUAGAUGUUCUGGAAGACCGUUUGCUGCUGCAAGCCACCAAACAUCAGCUCAAUGUCGCGCUGCCUCAUAAAGCUGCCUGGCAAGGGAAACAGCAAGGAAGUGCCGAAAGUGGACGUGGUGACUUUCGAGCUCCCCAAAAGGAGUUGGGGUCGUGUCUUCUUUGUUUGGGAAUAUGAAGAAGGGUGGCGGCCACAGGCCUUGGACGUACUCGCCUGGCGGAGGAAGUACUCGCCGUGCGUCCAAUGCCGAAGAGUAUAUGGUGAAAGGUUGACGUUCCAGUAAAGAUCCAUUGGGUUAAGAAAGAAGGUCACCAGUUCUGGACUGUGAGGAGUUGAAUGUUGAUGUCUUAAGCUGACUGUGCAUUGAGGAUCGGAUGGUCCAAUCAGGCAAGCCAAA